CUAAUGCCAGAUGUUCAUUUAAAGAGCAAUACCCGGAACAGAAGUUUCAUAUCUUUGGGGCGCAGCCCGAGGGAUACUGGGAAAGCAACCGUUUGCAAGCCAGGGUCUAGCUUGAGAACCCACUUGCUUCUAGAGAUAGACCGGCAAGAUUACAGCCGAAGGACAUCGUCGUCUUUCUAUAAGCAUUGUGCCCGGCCACAGUUUAAAGGGAGUUUCUUCCAGGAUGAGCCAAACGUGUGAAUUGGUCAUAUCUGAAGUGCUGGUGACGUUGAAAAAUGGUGACAUAACCAAGCAAAAUGUGGAUGCCUUGGUAAACCUAAAUAAUUCGACACUGGACCAGGAACUUGGUAUAUCUAAAGCAAUUCUUGCUGCUGGUGGAACCUGUCUGAGAGAGGAAUGCAAACAGUUAGGAAAACUUCCUCAUGGCGAUGUUGUUGUCACUGGAGCUGGUGACCUCCCGUGCAAACACGUAAUUCAUGUCAUCCACGCAACAAGGCCCCAAAGCAUUGUGAAUGCAGUGAAGAAAGUACUUGGAGAAUGUGAUAAAAAUGAUCUGUGUACAGUUGCUUUCCCAGCACUUGGAACAGGUCUGGCUGGUUUAAGUGUAGAUGAGUCCAUCAAGUCCCUGUUGAAGGGCAUUAGAGAAUACUUGGAUGAUUGUAUGUCACACAUUACACAGAUUGUAAUUGUUACCUUCACUGAGAAUAUUUACCAAGGAUGUUUAGCAUUUAUGAAGAGUGAAAUCACAAAGCUUCAGAACCCCAAUUUGAGCCUUACAAUCUGUGGAACAAUUGUGGAAUUAGUUCUGGGUGACAUCACUAAGCAAGCCGUGGACUGCAUUCUGAAUUUAACAAAUGACACCCUGGACCAACGUGUCGGUGUUUCUGGGGCCAUACUGUCAGCAGCAGGGAGCAGCGUCGUCGAUGAAUGCUCAGUUUCAGGCACAAUGCCAGAAAAUGGCAUUUUGGUAACAACCGGCGGGGAUUUGAAAAGUAAAAAUAUCAUGCAUAUCAUCGGACCAACAAGCAUAUCUGCCUUCGCUCCAUCAUUGGAAAAAAUCCUAAAUGAAUGUCAUACAAAAUCAUUCAAAACUAUUGCACUGCCAGCCAUUGGAACAGGAAUAGCUCGUCUUGAUCCUGAACAAUCAAUUCAAGGAAUAUUGGAUGGCAUAAAGAAAUCUCUAUCAAAAAUGAACGUUUCAAGCUUCAAUAAGAUCUUGAUAAUUGCAUUCAAUGAAAACAUCCAAAAAGCUUAUUCACAAGUUUUCCAAAGGGAAAUUAGAAACUCUCAGGAAACCCAGCAGAAAGCAGAUAUAAUGGUUAAAGUAAAUAAAGGGCUGAUUGGCGGCCCAGACCACUGGAAGCACAUGGGUCAGAACAACUAUAUGUCGGUUAUCCUGCACAAGGAUUCUGCCGAGUAUAAAAAUGUGGCAAACAAUUUCAUGUCAGCAAAAAACAAGAACGUUAAGCUGAUAUCGAUCGAAAGGAUUCAGAACGCAAAGCUGUGGGCAAGUUACGCAAUCCAUAAAUUGCAUGUUGACAUUCAAUACCCAUAUCAGGACAAUGAAAAACAUCUUUAUCACGGCACAACUUACGAAGCAACCAAAAAGAUCAAUCAUCAUGGAUUUAAUAGAAGUUUUAAUGGCAAAAAUGCCACAGUUUUUGGAAAAGGAACGUACUUUGCAAGAGACGCAUCGCUCUCCUGCCAAGACUUAUAUUCUGUUAGGGAUGAAAAUGGCAAGAAAUAUGUUUACCAGGCUGCCGUCAUAACUGGAAGAUUUUGCCUUGGACACAGCAGCUAUAUAGAGCCUCCAGCAACACAAGAGAACCCCACUAUUCUCUUUAACACUACAGCCGAUAGGGUCAAUGAUCCCUCCCUGUUUGUCAUUUACGGUGAUUGCCAUGCAUAUCCAGAAUACCUAAUCACUUUCAAAUAAGUAACUUACAUGAUGGAAACCCAGUACAGACAAUCAACGGUGUAUUCCCAAUGUGUGAUGUUAAUAAAUCAAUGCAUUAAAUGUCAAGAAAAAAACAAACCAGAAACAUUUCACCUUUUUUUUAUUUUUCAGCUAAGACGUCUCCUUUUAGAUGUGAUUAACAUUCUACUCCUAUAGUAUAAUUUGACCCAUUAUCACUUUAUUAGUAAAUC